UCUUCUGGAAAUGCCAUGUGUCCUGAGAUGCAUGUCAAGAUGGCUGCCAGGAUCUGGUCACUCCUGGCCCAGAGGAUGGGUUUUGUUUUGGACCUCAGAGACAGGAACAAAAGCCAGAGCCCUGAUCUCUCCAGGCAAUCACAGGAUAUAAACUGCUGCCUGAAAACAAGCUCCGGAGAACUUCUGUAACCUCGAGGAAAGCUCUGAGGUUAGGGAGACCAGCACAGCCAAAGAAGACAUGAGGAGUCUGCUGGCACCGCUGGUUGUGACCCUGGCCCUGGCAGCUCUCUGCUGCUGCGGGGAAGAUCCCAAGGACCCCACAGGAUCUCCCAUCGCUGACAGCAUCAAGAUUAAAAAGGAAGUUGCCAAUGCCUUUGUGAAGAGGCACAAGAGAUCCACCUUGUAUGAAUGGUACUCUGAGUAUUACAAAAGCCCAAUGGAGCAGAUGCAUGAACGCUGUGAAAACUACCCUCCCUGUGACUAUCUCUCUGACCAAAUAGGAUUUUCCAUGGCCUACAACCAUUUCUUUGGGAGAUACUAAGGAUGAGACCAUCACUUCAUUCAUUUUGCUUGGAAACACUUUGAACCCCCCAGCAGAAAGAAGGUUGUGGGUGGGAAGGAGGGAAGAAAAACAUCUAGGCUGGAAUCUUCUUCAGAACACCAAGGCAAUAAUUGUCCCACCUGCUGAGUGUGCAUUAGCUUUCUUCCUUUCACCAAAAAAUAUUUCUCUUCCGUUGUCUCUUGUGCUAUUUUAACUUCACCAGAAGACUCUUCUCACUUCUUCCAUUUGAAUCCCCAGAACAUAAUAUAUGAAAAAAAUGUGACUUUUCUCAAGAAAAUCAAUGUCUGUCUUCGAGACAUAGCAAGGUGUUUUGUUUCCUGCAAUGUGCAUGAGGAUUAUAGAAGGAGAAUGUCACAACAUGUGUAAGCUUGAUGGAUCUGAUCCUGGGGUACUCGCUUGGGAAAAAAGUGGAAUGACUGCUUUCUGGUACAAUGACUAGGAAAGUUCAGUAUUUUCAGGUAGAAUAGUCACCCUAAAUAUGUUUCAACAGAGGAUCAUUUUGCAAGCAUAGAAUUUUGGAAAUUCUGUUACAUAGCCAGAUAUCAGUUUCUGGUACAAUUUUCUGAUUAUUAUGUCACAAAACUUACCUGUGUAUCAGUAACAGUUAAAUCCUCAAAGAUGUGUUUGAGGAGUCCUUUUUAAUGAGCCCUCCGAUUUGUGUGCUGCAUUCAAUAACUGUCUGUAAGGAGUAACUUCAAAAUCUCUUGUUAUUUUUGUUACAGUUGGUUUCUGGUAAAACUGAAUAUACCCAAGCAGAACAAACAAACAAACAAAAUCUGUUCCUCCCUGAUGCUUUAGUGUUUAUGCUUGAAAUGAAAAGUGUCUAAACAGUUCCAAAAAAAGCAAGCAACAAGCAAUAAACUUUAUGAAAUAAACAAACAAAAAAAAUUGGUUCAAGGAUGGAUUGAAGAACUUUGUUUAUUCAAGACAACUUCUCUCAAAUAUAUAUAUUAAUAAAAAAAAAAGGAUUUAUAUACAUAUCCCCUUCCCUCUGCACUGCUUUGUUCUGUUCUCUGAUAUGAAUAUUAUACCUUAGUAAAUCUCUGCACAGCCUCACUUGAAGUGCUCUGUCAGCUUUCCUUGCCUGAGUGGUAGAUUGCAGAUCCCAUCUCCAAGGACAGGGACUGCUGACCUUCAGGUGACUGAGAAAGACAGAACCUCUCCUGUUGUAUAUAAGCUGGUGCAGCUUUUCCCAGCUGCUGACUGUAAUAAAUACUGCUUAUGUAAAGCA